AUUUCGAAAUUUCAAUUCCCGCACUCUCUCCCACCUCUCUGGUCCACCCCGCGAUGCCGCCGGCGACGACUCCCUGUGGCGGCGGAAGGAGGGCCACGAGCGGUGACUCUCUGCUUCCAGGAAAGCAGCCGUGCGAUUCGGACGAAUGCGGCGCCGACGGCGACUGCGACUCCGUCUCGGACUCCGACUCCGAGGGCGACUUGGUCAGCGACUUGAGGGAGAUCGUGUGCCUGCUGCGUCUGAUCAAGGGCGGGGCCAACAAGGAUUGCCAGAAGAUGUGCGAGCAGAUCAUCGCCAGUGUCGCAGCGGAUAUUCAAACUAUGCUAGAAGAAACCCAGUUGAAAUUUGAGGAGGAAAGGCAGAAUUUGCUAAAAGUACUGUCAAACACUUCCAAAGAGCAGUGUGAGAGUUCACUGAACAAAGAGUACAGCAAGUUUCAAGAAACAUACGAGAUGUUCUGUAGAGAAAAGGAUGCACACUUGCAGACUUUCAGAGAACUGUUCUCAAAAGUUGAAGUUGAGAAGAAGUUGCUUGAGCAGUAUGAACAUCAUAAGAAGGCGGAGACCGCCACAUUAUCAGAACUUGACAAAACAUUCUCAGAGAAGAUAACAUACGUGGAACAAUCUGUCAGAAGGAUGAAGCAGGAUAACAAAUCCUUUAUCAUCUUUCGCAAGUCGAUUGGCUCAUUUCUCGAGUGUGGCUCCGAUGAUGAUUUUGUUGACGAUGAGUGAUGCUGCUCCUUGUACGACGCACUUGCUCUGGGAGGCGGAUUCCCUGGGAGGCAAUAGACAAAACGGGAUCUCUUUAUUGGCCUUUUCUUUUCUUUUUAAUACAGAUUUGUUAUGGUUUAACCAAUAAUAUGGAGAUUCAGGAAGCACAAGCAUAAACCGUGAUAUUGGAUUUGAUCUGGAGCUUGUUGAACAAAUAUAGGCGUAGUGUUCGAUUGUGCUAUUUUUCCUCUUUGAAAACAGCAGGGCUGGUAUUGUACAUGUUACCACUCGUCCCAAAAAUUUGACGGGGAAAGAUUAUGGUUCUGUCACUACAUAGGUUGGCAUUCUUGAGGAUCUGACACC